UUUUGCCUAUUGCUUACACACUAAAUCCGAAUGCUUAGACCAAAGCCUCAAUACCUAAACUUCUUGUAGCAUAUGCUUAAACACAGUGUAACCAUAGCUUAAACACAUUGUCAACUUUGCACUUUGUUUGCAAUUCUGUAGCACACUUAUUGCGAAACACUACACACGUUUUCUUACAUUAGACACAUUUUUCAAAAACGAAAUCACCUAUUAUCAUUGGGAAAACACUCUGUUCAAAAUGCAAAAGUCAUCUGGCAAUUAAAGGCACUUACAUACACACCUGAAUACACUUGUACAGAAAACAGAACACCAAUCGGUCUGAGUCUUAGCACUACAAAUAGGCCUCAUGGUAAGACAUUCUGAGAACUUUGCAAGCAUGGAGGCAAUGCGAGUAAGAGUAAGAGGAGGACAAAGAGAGAGAGGAGUUGGACGUGGACUUGGACGUGGACAUGGAAGAGGACAAAGACGAGGACCAGUGCGGAGACGUGUAUCAGAUGACAUCAGGGCUACUCUGGUGGACCAUGUCAUUAAUCAUGGCCUAUCUAUGAGGGAGGCUGGGCAAAGAGUCCACCCUAACCUCAGUCGCUACACAGUAGCGUCAAUACUAAGAACAUUCCGACUGGAGAACAGAAUGGUUGGGCUACCUCCUCGAGGUGGAAGGGGACGGCUCUUUACUCAAGAACAAGAGCUUGCCAUCAUUCAAAUGGUGCAAGCAAAUAACACAAUCCGACUUCGUGAGUUGCAACAGCGCAUAAUAGCAGAUGGAAUGGUAUUCGACAAUAUCAACAGGGUCAGCAUUACUACAAUAAGUCGCAUCCUACAGAAACAUAACUUCAGAAUGAAGCAGCUGUACAGGGUGCCAUUUGAGAGGAACUGUGUCAGGGUCAAGGAUCUGCGCCAUGAUUAUGUGCAGACAGUUCUGGAUUUUGAUGCCGCCGAACAGCCACAUGAGUUCAUCUAUGUGGAUGAGGCAGGCUUUAAUCUGGCCAAAACCAGGCGUCGAGGCCGUAACAUAGUUGGACAAAGGGCUAUUGUAAAUGUCCCUGGGCAACGUGGGGGAAAUAUCACCUUGUGUGCUGCAAUUAGUGUCCAAGGAGUCCUGCAUCAUCAUGCCACUCCCUACAAUACAGGACAGAUCAUUGCAUUUCUAGAUGCACUACAUGCAGUUGUGCAGGACAGACCACAGCAGCCCAGGUUUGUUGUUAUCUGGGAUAAUGUUAGUUUCCACCGGGCUGCUCUGGUCCAAGAUUGGUUCACCAACCAUAACAAUUUCACACUUUUAUACCUGCCGCCUUACAGCCCCUUUCUAAAUGCAAUCGAGGAAUUCUUUUCAGCAUGGCGGUGGAAAGUCUAUGAUCGGCAACCACACGCCCGCAUGCCUCUUCUGCAAGCAAUGGAAGUGGCAUGUGGUGACAUUGAGGUGGGAUCCAUCCAAGGGUGGAUUAGGCACACAAGACGAUAUUUUCCCCGAUGCCUAGCCCGCGAGGACAUCGCCUGUGAUGUCGACGAGGUCUUGUGGCCAGAUCCGAACAGAAGGAGGGAUCCAUAAGACCCCCCAGGCCCCCACCACACACAUACAUGCGCACACAAACACAAAACAAGUGUGUUUUUCCCCACAAUAGUUUAUCCAGUAUUUGUUUUGUUUCUUACUUUUGUUUUGUG